AUGCCCCUGCUCUUGGCCAGCCUUGCCCAGGCCUUCCUGGCCUCCAGGACGUAUGCCAACUUUCCAGAAGCACCUCAGGAGGAGGCUUCUCUCAGCAAUAGGCUCAAGACGUAUGCCAACUUUCCAGAAGCAUCUCAGGAGGAGGCUUCUCUCAGCAAUAGGCUCAAGACGUAUUCCAACUUUCCAGAAGCACCUCAGGAGGAGGCUUCUCUCAGCAAUAGGCUCAAGACGUAUGCCAACUUUCCAGAAGCACCUCAGGAGGAGGCUUCUCUCAGCAAUAGGCUCAAGACGUAUGCCAACUUUCCAGAAGCACCUCAGGAGGAGGCUUCUCUCAGCAAUAGGCUCAAGACGUAUGCCAACUUUCCAGAAGCAUCUCAGGAGGAGGCUUCUCUCAGCAAUAGGCUCAAGACGUAUUCCAACUUUCCAGAAGCACCUCAGGAGGAGGCUUCUCUCAGCAAUAGGCUCAAGACGUAUUCCAACUUUCCAGAAGCACCUCAGGAGGAGGCUUCUCUCAGCAAUAGGCUCAAGACGUAUGCCAACUUUCCAGAAGCACCUCAGGAGGAGGCUUCUCUCAGCAAUAGGCUCAAGACGUAUGCCAACUUUCCAGAAGCACCUCAGGAGGAGGCUUCUCUCAGCAAUAGGCUCAAGACGUAUUCCAACUUUCCAGAAGCACCUCAGGAGGAGGCUUCUCUCAGCAAUAGGCUCAAGACGUAUUCCAACUUUCCAGAAGCACCUCAGGAGGAGGCUUCUCUCAGCAAUAGGCUCAAGACGUAUGCCAACUUUCCAGAAGCACCUCAGGAGGAGGCUUCUCUCAGCAAUAGGCUCAAGACGUAUGCCAACUUUCCAGAAGCACCUCAGGAGGAGGCUUCUCUCAGCAAUAGGCUCAAGACGUAUUCCAACUUUCCAGAAGCACCUCAGGAGGAGGCUUCUCUCAGCAAUAGGCUCAAGACGUAUUCCAACUUUCCAGAAGCACCUCAGGAGGAGGCUUCUCUCAGCAAUAGGCUCAAGACGUAUGCCAACUUUCCAGAAGCACCUCAGGAGGAGGCUUCUCUCAGCAAUAGGCUCAAGACGUAUGCCAACUUUCCAGAAGCACCUCAGGAGGAGGCUUCUCUCAGCAAUAGGCUCAAGACGUAUUCCAACUUUCCAGAAGCACCUCAGGAGGAGGCUUCUCUCAGCAAUAGGCUCAAGACGUAUGCCAACUUUCCAGAAGCACCUCAGGAGGAGGCUUCUCUCAGCAAUAGGCUCAAGACGUAUGCCAACUUUCCAGAAGCAUCUCAGGAGGAGGCUUCUCUCAGCAAUAGGCUCAAGACGUAUUCCAACUUUCCAGAAGCACCUCAGGAGGAGGCUUCUCUCAGCAAUAGGCUCAAGACGUAUGCCAACUUUCCAGAAGCACCUCAGGAGGAGGCUUCUCUCAGCAAUAGGCUCAAGACGUAUGCCAACUUUCCAGAAGCAUCUCAGGAGGAGGCUUCUCUCAGCAAUAGGCUCAAGACGUAUUCCAACUUUCCAGAAGCACCUCAGGAGGAGGCUUCUCUCAGCAAUAGGCUCAAGACGUAUUCCAACUUUCCAGAAGCACCUCAGGAGGAGGCUUCUGUCAGCAAUAGGCUCAAGACGUAUGCCAACUUUCCAGAAGCACCUCAGGAGGAGGCUUCUCUCAGCAAUAGGCUCAAGACGUAUGCCAACUUUCCAGAAGCAUCUCAGGAGGAGGCUUCUCUCAGCAAUAGGCUCAAGACGUAUUCCAACUUUCCAGAAGCACCUCAGGAGGAGGCUUCUCUCAGCAAUAGGCUCAAGACGUAUUCCAACUUUCCAGAAGCACCUCAGGAGGAGGCUUCUCUCAGCAAUAGGCUCAAGACGUAUGCCAACUUUCCAGAAGCACCUCAGGAGGAGGCUUCUCUCAGCAAUAGGCUCAAGACGUAUUCCAACUUUCCAGAAGCACCUCAGGAGGAGGCUUCUCUCAGCAAUAGGCUCAAGACGUAUGCCAACUUUCCAGAAGCACCUCAGGAGGAGGCUUCUCUCAGCAAUAGGCUCAAGACGUAUGCCAACUUUCCAGAAGCAUCUCAGGAGGAGGCUUCUCUCAGCAAUAGGCUCAAGACGUAUGCCAACUUUCCAGAAGCAUCUCAGGAGGAGGCUUCUCUCAGCAAUAGGCUCAAGACGUAUGCCAACUUUCCAGAAGCACCUCAGGAGGAGGCUUCUCUCAGCAAUAGGCUCAAGACGUAUGCCAACUUUCCAGAAGCAUCUCAGGAGGAGGCUUCUCUCAGCAAUAGGCUCAAGACGUAUGCCAACUUUCCAGAAGCAUCUCAGGAGGAGGCUUCUCUCAGCAAUAGGCUCAAGACGUAUGCCAACUUUCCAGAAGCACCUCAGGAGGAGGCUUCUCUCAGCAAUAGGCUCAAGACGUAUUCCAACUUUCCAGAAGCACCUCAGGAGGAGGCUUCUCUCAGCAAUAGGCUCAAGACGUAUGCCAACUUUCCAGAAGCACCUCAGGAGGAGGCUUCUCUCAGCAAUAGGCUCAAGACGUAUUCCAACUUUCCAGAAGCACCUCAGGAGGAGGCUUCUCUCAGCAAUAGGCUCAAGACGUAUUCCAACUUUCCAGAAGCACCUCAGGAGGAGGCUUCUCUCAGCAAUAGGCUCAAGACGUAUGCCAACUUUCCAGAAGCACCUCAGGAGGAGGCUUCUCUCAGCAAUAGGCUCAAGACGUAUGCCAACUUUCCAGAAGCAUCUCAGGAGGAGGCUUCUCUCAGCAAUAGGCUCAAGACGUAUGCCAACUUUCCAGAAGCAUCUCAGGAGGAGGCUUCUCUCAGCAAUAGGCUCAAGACGUAUGCCAACUUUCCAGAAGCACCUCAGGAGGAGGCUUCUCUCAGCAAUAGGCUCAAGACGUAUGCCAACUUUCCAGAAGCAUCUCAGGAGGAGGCUUCUCUCAGCAAUAGGCUCAAGACGUAUGCCAACUUUCCAGAAGCAUCUCAGGAGGAGGCUUCUCUCAGCAAUAGGCUCAAGACGUAUGCCAACUUUCCAGAAGCACCUCAGGAGGAGGCUUCUCUCAGCAAUAGGCUCAAGACGUAUUCCAACUUUCCAGAAGCACCUCAGGAGGAGGCUUCUCUCAGCAAUAGGCUCAAGACGUAUGCCAACUUUCCAGAAGCACCUCAGGAGGAGGCUUCUCUCAGCAAUAGGCUCAAGACGUAUUCCAACUUUCCAGAAGCACCUCAGGAGGAGGCUUCUCUCAGCAAUAGGCUCAAGACGUAUUCCAACUUUCCAGAAGCACCUCAGGAGGAGGCUUCUCUCAGCAAUAGGCUCAAGACGUAUGCCAACUUUCCAGAAGCACCUCAGGAGGAGGCUUCUCUCAGCAAUAGGCUCAAGACGUAUGCCAACUUUCCAGAAGCAUCUCAGGAGGAGGCUUCUCUCAGCAAUAGGCUCAAGACGUAUGCCAACUUUCCAGAAGCAUCUCAGGAGGAGGCUUCUCUCAGCAAUAGGCUCAAGACGUAUGCCAACUUUCCAGAAGCACCUCAGGAGGAGGCUUCUCUCAGCAAUAGGCUCAAGACGUAUGCCAACUUUCCAGAAGCAUCUCAGGAGGAGGCUUCUCUCAGCAAUAGGCUCAAGACGUAUGCCAACUUUCCAGAAGCAUCUCAGGAGGAGGCUUCUCUCAGCAAUAGGCUCAAGACGUAUGCCAACUUUCCAGAAGCACCUCAGGAGGAGGCUUCUCUCAGCAAUAGGCUCAAGACGUAUUCCAACUUUCCAGAAGCACCUCAGGAGGAGGCUUCUCUCAGCAAUAGGCUCAAGACGUAUGCCAACUUUCCAGAAGCACCUCAGGAGGAGGCUUCUCUCAGCAAUAGGCUCAAGACGUAUUCCAACUUUCCAGAAGCACCUCAGGAGGAGGCUUCUCUCAGCAAUAGGCUCAAGACGUAUUCCAACUUUCCAGAAGCACCUCAGGAGGAGGCUUCUCUCAGCAAUAGGCUCAAGACGUAUGCCAACUUUCCAGAAGCACCUCAGGAGGAGGCUUCUCUCAGCAAUAGGCUCAAGACGUAUGCCAACUUUCCAGAAGCACCUCAGGAGGAGGCUUCUCUCAGCAAUAGGCUCAAGACGUAUGCCAACUUUCCAGAAGCAUCUCAGGAGGAGGCUUCUCUCAGCAAUAGGCUCAAGACGUAUUCCAACUUUCCAGAAGCACCUCAGGAGGAGGCUUCUCUCAGCAAUAGGCUCAAGACGUAUUCCAACUUUCCAGAAGCACCUCAGGAGGAGGCUUCUCUCAGCAAUAGGCUCAAGACGUAUUCCAACUUUCCAGAAGCACCUCAGGAGGAGGCUUCUCUCAGCAAUAGGCUCAAGACGUAUUCCAACUUUCCAGAAGCACCUCAGGAGGAGGCUUCUCUCAGCAAUAGGCUCAAGACGUAUGCCAACUUUCCAGAAGCACCUCAGGAGGAGGCUUCUCUCAGCAAUAGGCUCAAGACGUAUUCCAACUUUCCAGAAGCACCUCAGGAGGAGGCUUCUCUCAGCAAUAGGCUCAAGACGUAUGCCAACUUUCCAGAAGCACCUCAGGAGGAGGCUUCUCUCAGCAAUAGGCUCAAGACGUAUGCCAACUUUCCAGAAGCAUCUCAGGAGGAGGCUUCUCUCAGCAAUAGGCUCAAGACGUAUGCCAACUUUCCAGAAGCAUCUCAGGAGGAGGCUUCUCUCAGCAAUAGGCUCAAGACGUAUGCCAACUUUCCAGAAGCACCUCAGGAGGAGGCUUCUCUCAGCAAUAGGCUCAAGACGUAUUCCAACUUUCCAGAAGCACCUCAGGAGGAGGCUUCUCUCAGCAAUAGGCUCAAGACGUAUGCCAACUUUCCAGAAGCACCUCAGGAGGAGGCUUCUCUCAGCAAUAGGCUCAAGACGUAUGCCAACUUUCCAGAAGCAUCUCAGGAGGAGGCUUCUCUCAGCAAUAGGCUCAAGACGUAUUCCAACUUUCCAGAUGCACCUCAGGAGGAGGCUUCUCUCAGCAAUAGGCUCAAGACGUAUGCCAACUUACCAGAAGCACCUCAGGAGGAGGCUUCUCUCAGCAAUAGGCUCAAGACGUAUUCCAACUUUCCAGAAGCACCUCAGGAGGAGGCUUCUCUCAGCAAUAGGCUCAAGACGUAUGCCAACUUUCCAGAAGCACCUCAGGAGGAGUCUUCUCUCAGCAAUAGGCUCAAGACGUAUGCCAACUUACCAGAAGCACCUCAGGAGGAGGCUUCUCUCAGCAAUAGGCUCAAGACGUAUGCCAACUUUCCAGAAGCACCUCAGCAGGAGGCUUCUCUCAGCAAUAGGCUUAAGACGUAUGCCACCUUUCCAGAAGCACCUCAGGAGGAGGCUUCUCUCAGCAAUAGGCUCAAGACGUAUGCCACCUUUCCAGAAGCACCUCAGGAGGAGUCUUCUCUCAGCAAUAGGCUCAAGACGUAUGCCACCUUUCCAGAAGCACCUCAGGAGGAGGCUUCUCUCAGCAAUAGGCUCAAGACGUAUGCCACCUUUCCAGAAGCACCUCAGGAGGAGGCUUCUCUCAGCAAUAGGCUCAAGACGUAUGCCAACUUUCCAGAAGCACCUCAGCAGGAGGCUUCUCUCAGCAAUAGGCUCAAGACGUAUGCCAACUUUCCAGAAGCACCUCAGCAGGAGGCUUCUCUCAGCAAUAGGCUCAAGACGUAUGCCAACUUUCCAGAAGCACCUCAGGAGGAGGCUUCUCUCAGCAAUAGGCUCAAGACGUAUGCCAACUUUCCAGAAGCACCUCAGGAGGAGGCUUCUCUGAGCAAUAGGCUCAAGACGUAUGCCACCUUUCCAGAAGCACCUCAGGAGGAGGCUUCUCUCAGCAAUAGGCUCAAGACGUAUGCCAACUUUCCAGAAGCACCUCAGGAGGAGGCUUCUCUCAGCAAUAGGCUCAAGACGUAUGCCAACUUUCCAGAAGCACCUCAGGAGGAGGCUUCUCUGAGCAAUAGGCUCAAGACGUAUGCCAACUUUCCAGAAGCACCUCAGCAGGAGGCUUCUCUCAGCAAUAGGCUCAAGACGUAUGCCACCUUUCCAGAAGCACCUCAGGAGGAGGCUUCUCUCAGCAAUAGGCUCAAGACGUAUGCCACCUUUCCAGAAGCACCUCAGGAGGAGGCUUCUCUCAGCAAUAGGCUCAAGACGUAUGCCACCUUUCCAGAAGCACCUCAGGAGGAGGCUUCUCUCAGCAAUAGGCUCAAGACGUAUGCCAACUUUCCAGAAGCACCUCAGCAGGAGGCUUCUCUCAGCAAUAGGAAUCCCAAAAUCCCUGUGGCUACUGGAAAGGGUCCUUGGGUGCCCUGGCUCACCUCGAGAAGCGUCCCUUUUGCCCUGCCAAGCCUCGAAGAAAUUGCUGAGGUGUCCCUCGUUACUAGACAGGAGUCCUGA